AUGGUUGCCAGAAUGACCCUUGGCGGAGUUGUAGCAAAGCCAUAUGUAAGCGAACACAGUCUGUUCUCGCGCUACAGCAGAGAUCAACGUGUUGAAGACAAUGUGCACUUGGCCACCAUAGGGUUCGAGCCUGUGAAAAAGAGUGAUGAGGCACUGUUUCUGUGGAAAUCCUAUCUAGGGGCCCACAACUUGGCACCAGUGAAUGCCGUCAGCACUGGCCUGUCAAACACUCUUCGUCACUGGCAACAAUUCUACCCUUUUCCCACAACGUCUACAGUCCACUGCUACAAGGGUCCCUUCUCAGGCUCCAUUGCAUUCAAUGAACUUGAGUCGCACCUCGAAAACCCGGAGGACGUUGCACUGCUCUUCAAUUCGAUUCCCAAAAACCAUGAACGUUCUGACGAACUUGCGUCACAAGUCAUUUUGGGGUUUGCAAUAGCAAAGAGGGAAAUUCCCACGAAGGAUUGGCGUGCACAGGAGGUAGCCAGAAACCGUCAAGUCAAGCCGGGGGAGGAGGCCUUGCCAUUUCGCAAGAGACUGUUGGCGAAGUUGCGAAGAAAGUACGGAGUUUAG